GCGACCCGAGGCUGCUCCGCUCCUGGACCGGCUGCAUCCCGAUCCAGGGGCGAACCGCAUCCCGAACCGGCGGGAAUCCAUAUCCUGAACUGGCUGCAUCCCGAUCCAGGGGCGAACCGCAUCCCGAACCGGCGGGAAUCCAUAUCCUGAACUGGCUGCAUCCCGAUCCAGGGGCGAACUGCAUCCCGAACCGGCGGGAAUCCAUAUCCUGAACUGGCCGCAUCCCGAUCCAGCGGGGGACCCUCAUCCGGAACUGGCUGCAUCCCGAUCGACGGAGGGGAUCCGCAUCCUGAACCGGCCGCACCCCGAACCGACCGAAUCCCGAUCCAGGGAGGAUCCGCGUUCCGAACCGGCUGCAUCCCAAACGAGGAGGAUCCUUGUUCUGCACCGGCUGCAUCCCGUACCGGGGGAACCCGCACCCUGCGCCGGUCCCGAGCCGGGAGGCGCGUGCAUCCCGCAUCCUGCGCCGGUCCUGAACCGGGGGCACCCGAAUCCUGAACCGACUGCACCCGGACCGAGGGGAACCCCCACCCUGCUCCAGCCCGGAGCCGGAAGGUACCUGGAUCCAGAAUCCUGCUCUGGUCCUGAACGGGCAGGACCCGCCCCGUGCUCUGGUCCUGAACCGGGAGGGACUCGCACCCAGAACCGGCAGGGACCCGCGUCUGGCUCAGCUGGGAAGGACCCGGGUCCCCGAAUGCCCUGAAUCGGGAGGAAUCUGCACCCCGGUGAAGCUGCAGCCGAGCCCGGGGGGACCCGCACCCCAAACCAGCUGUGCCCGAAUUAGGAGGGACCCGCACCCCAAACCAGCUGUGCCCGAAUUAGGAGGGACCCGCACCCCAAACCAGCUGUGCCCGAAUUAGGAGGGACCCGCACCCCAAACCAGCUGUGCACCCCAGUCCAGCCGUGCCUGAGCUGGGAAGGACCCACACCCUAAACCAGUGAAGCCCGGGCAUGGCCGGACACCCUGUUCUAGCUGCAUCUGGAGACAGGGGGGGGCACCCCAAAGGGGCUGCACCCUGAACCAGAAGGGACCUGUGCUCUGGACCAGCCUUGCACCCCAAACCAGCUGCCCCUGGACUGGGAGGUGCCCUGUCCUGGACCAGCCCUGCACCCCAAACUGGCUGCACCCUGAACCAGGAGGGACCUGCACUCCAAAACAGGGGUCUGCCCCAGACUUGUUGGCCCCUGAUCCUGCUGUGCCCUGAACCAGGAGGGAUCUGCACCCCAAAGAAUCUGUGCACUCUAAGCUGGAAGGGACCUGCACCCCAGAACAUCUGUGUGCCCUAAACCAGGAGGAACCUGCACCCCAAAACAUCUGUACCCUAAACCAGGACGGACUUGAACGCCAAAGCAUCCCUGUGCCCUAAACCAGGAGGGAUCUGCACCCUAAACCAUCUGCGUGCCCUGAUCUUGCUGUGCCCUAAACUGGGAGGGACCUGCACCCCAAAGCAUCCCUGCACUCUAAGCUGGAAGGGACCUGCCCCCCAAUCCUGCUGUGCCCUAAACCAGGAGGGAUCUGCAGCCCCCCCAUCCGUGUGCUGGCUCUGGCUCUGCGGGGACGCGAUGGAUGACGCUCUGCCCAUGGAAGUGGAGCUGGAGCAGCAGUGGUUGUCCAACAGCUCCCUGAAUGAGUCCCUGUCCAACCAGUUUGUGCAGCCCCCGUGGCAGGUGGCCCUGUGGGCCGUGGCCUACGCGCUGAUCGUGGUGGUGGCGGUGGUGGGGAACGUGGUGGUGAUGUGGAUCAUCCUGGCCCACAAGCGCAUGAGGACGGUCACCAACUACUUCCUGGUGAACCUGGCGUUUGCCGAGGCCUCCAUGGCUGCCUUCAACACCGUGGUGAACUUCACCUACGCCAUCCACAACGAGUGGUACUACGGGCUCUUCUACUGCCGCUUCCACAACUUCUUCCCCAUCGCUGCUGUCUUCGCCAGCAUCUACUCCAUGACGGCCAUCGCCCUGGACAGGUACAUGGCCAUCAUCCACCCUCUGCGCCCUCGGCUCUCAGCCUCGGCCACCAAGGUGGUCAUCGGGGUCAUCUGGCUCCUGGCAUUCCUGCUGGCCUUCCCACAGGGACUUUACCUCUGAUCUCAGUGGGCAAGACAAGGACUGAGCAGGUGAAGGACCAUCUCAAGGACCACUUUUUUUGGUAGGUACCACUUCUGCAUGACCAUCCUGAUCUACUUCCUGCCCCUCCUGGUCAUAGGCUGUGCCUACACCGUGGUGGGACUCACCCUCUGGGCCAGCGAGAUCCCCGGGGACUCCUCCGACCGCUACCACGAGCAGGUCUCGGCCAAGCGGAAGGUGGUGAAGAUGAUGAUCAUCGUGGUGUGCACCUUCGCGCUGUGCUGGCUGCCCUACCACAUCUACUUCACCCUGCAGUACUUCCACCCCGAGUGGUACUUCCAGAAGUUCAUCCAGCAGGUCUACCUGGCCAUCAUGUGGCUGGCCAUGAGCUCCACCAUGUACAACCCCAUCAUCUACUGCUGCCUCAACGACAGGUUCCGUGUGGGCUUCAAACACGCGUUCCGGUGGUGCCCCCCGGUCAGCGCGGGCGAGUACGAGGGGCUGGAGCUGAAGUCAGCCCGGUACCUGCAGACCCAGAGCAGCGUCUACAAGGCCAGCAGGAUGGAGACCACCGUGUCCCUGGCCGUGGGGAUGGCGGAGGAGGAGCUGGAGGAGCCCUCCAAGGCCAAGCGUCUUUCCAUAGACGUGACCUCCAACGGCUCCUCCCGCAGCGACUCCAAAACCGUCUCCGAGAGCUUCAGCUUCUACUCCAACACCCUCACCUGAGGGGCUCCCCGGCUCCAUCAGCCACUCCUGAGGUGCCACCACCCCCCUGCCCUCACCGGGAUGCUCCAGGGCUCCACCCAAGGCCCUGGUUUGUGAUGUGCUGGUGUUUUCUGUGGUGUUUUGUCAUCUCCCACUCGCUCGCCAUCCCCGGGCGAGCCCAGGAGGGAAAGCUCUGGAUUAGUUCCAUGUGUUCCAUCAUGGCCCGUGUGGAGAGGGUGCAGGAAUGGGACAGAGCUGGCUCUUCCUCCAAAACUGUGAUUACAACUUGGCAGGAGCUUCCCAUGUUCUCAGCAAGGAUCUCCCAGUGCAUCCCACGCCUCUGGAAAAUGAGCCUGUCCUGCGCUUUCCCCCUUCCCACCUUUAAUUUCGUUCUGCCUGUCACUCCCAGUUGGAUAUCCAGGGGGAUAUUUAUUUCCAAAACCCAGGAAAAAUGUUGUUUUCGGCAUCAGGAGCCUGGACAUCCAUUGGGAAUCAUCAUCCAUUUGGAGCUUCAGUCAGAUCCAGGAUUUUCCAUGUGGUCUUGGCUCUUCUCCAGCACCCACAUGGAUGGUCUCCUGCUCUGUCUCCAACCACAGCUCAUCCAACAGGGCUCUCCCAAAGGAUUCCUGACCUAAGCCAGGCUUUGCUUGCUCUCAAUCAACCACAUGUGCCAAAAACAAUCACUGUGACUUCCUAGAAAGCCCAAGGCGACGCUCCUUGGACAGAUCCUGGAAUCCUGUGGAGGUCUGGAAAAGGAGAGACCACAUUGAAAUGUUUUUCACACCCUGGAAACGGAUUCCAUCAGAAAAAUAAGGUUUGAAGGGAGAUGAAGAUUUUUCCAGACUCUUUAUUCAGAGGAGGGUGAAAUGGUUUACUUCCACCUUCUGGAUUUCAUUUAAUCAGGGAAUUUGUUUUUUUCUGUUGCAGAAAACAUGAAGUUUAUGAUGUGUGCGUGGAUACAUGGAAUAUUUUAGUCCUGCUCAGAUGGAUAAUUUUCCCUGGGGCUGCUCAAGGACCCCUGCUCAAGGGUCAUCAAAUGGAUGAACACACCCUCAGAGGGGGGAAAAAGCAAAUAAAAUGAGAUGUGGACAAAUGUGGCUUGUUGGGGACAAACCCACAAGUUUGGGGGCAGUCUGGUUGAUGGUCCAAUCCCUCAUUUUUGGUGUAGAAAUCAGGUUCCUAAAUGGAUUCAGUGAAGGAAUGAGAGAUGAACAGUGGAGACACACAUAGGGCAAGGAAAGGUUAUUUUCAAACAGCUGAACAUCAGACCCUGCUGAGCAGCCAGAGAUCUCUGGGAGUAAAAAAGGAAUGACUUUUGGGGCUUUUCAACUCCUCAGGCUCCAAACUGGCUGUUGGAAGAGCUAGUCCUGGAUAAAUCCCAGCCCCGACGGCUCUUGGAGAUAAACACCCACAUAUUGAAGGAAUUACUCCAGCAGAAAUUCAAUGAAUGGGCAAAUCCAGGACCAAAAAAGGGGAUUGACAAGAACGAUCAUUUUUACCCCAAAUCCUGCCAAGUGCCCUUAGAGGAAGAGCUCUUCCACCCUCUUCCCAACCACAAUAUGCUCUGGACACACCCUGGAAUACACUUUUCCUCCUUAAAUUCUUAAUCCUUGUCGCUUUAGGACACAUUCCCGUGUCUCUGCCUCCCAAACUCCGGGAUCCUGGAGAAGGGGAAUGGCAGGACCCUGCCUGGGGGGUUGGUUUUCCAUAACCCCACCAGUCCCAGGGGCGGCAGUUGAAGAUUCCAAGGGUUUAACUCCAGGGAUGGACAAGGAAACCCUUCCCACCCAGUCCAUAGGAGCCAAUACCUGAGAAGGUGCUACAAACCAGAGCCAAAAUCUGAUUUAUUUCCAGCUGCCAACCCAAACUCACAAUUUAAUGACACCAAAUAUCUCCACGUGCUCCAGAAAGGUGAAUAAAGCAAGGGGAGAUUGGCUCAAACCCCUCACAGGAGAGUUUGUGUCGGUUUUUGAGCCUCCAGAAGUCAGAAUUUAUGGAAAAAAACCAUAAAUAUCUCUCUAUAUGUGUAUAUUUAGAUAUUUAUAACCACGCUGCCCUUUUGGCCUCUGUGUUUUAUGCCCCAAGGAUGAUCUUUGAGAUGAUCAUGAGAAGGGCAAAGCAAUGACAGUGUCUUCUCACAGGCAAGGCUCAGCUUGAGACGUGGGAUAACCCCAGGGAGUGAGGGGAGAUUCAAUUCAAACAGACAGUUUACAGCCUGAAAUGCUUCUUGGGCAUCUUGUAACUCUUGAAAUAAAGUGGGGGAAAUUCCCACCUGUUGUAAAUAGUGUUGAUGAUCCCAGUGGAGCCUGACCAGGAUGAUGGGAAUGUGUCAGGGGAUCGUCCAAGAGCUGGUGAUCAAUGUAAGAAAACCAAACUGUUGUGUGUAAAUGGGUACAACACCCAAACCUGGUCUUCCUUUCUCCCCUCCAAGUGCCAGGUUAUUUGCUGGGGGAGGCAGGAACAGGGACAAGGAUCUUUUCACGUUUAGGAUCUUGGCCAUCCCAAGAUGGGAUGUUUGGUCCAUGUCCACUCAUGUGACAAACAUAGAAUGGUUUGGGUUGGAAGGGACCUCAAAGCUCAUCCCAUUCCACCCCCUGCCAUGGGCAGAGACACC